GUGUUCCCUCGCGACCAGCCUGUGGUGUCCUUGGGGCUCCGGAAGAGCGCGCGCAGCGCCUUUAUGAGGGCGUGUGCGAGCGCUUUUUUGGGAGGACACCACAGGUGGACGCCUCAGCUGAUCGUCCUCCCUCCCGGGGACCCUGCCUCGAGUCGCCUCCGUCGCCCCGCCGCCCCUAGUGUUUCGGACAUGGCCGCGCGCCUUCUCCGAGGGUCCCUACGCGUCCUGGGCGGCCACUGUGCGCCGCGCCCGCUGCCCCCCGCGCGAUGUUCUCAUUCCGGAGGGGAAGAACGUCUAGAAACUCCUUCUGCUAAAAAAUUAACAGAUAUAGGAAUUCGAAGAAUCUUUUCUCCAGAGCAUGACAUUUUCCGGAAAAGUGUAAGGAAGUUUUUCCAAGAAGAAGUGAUUCCUCAUCACUCAGAAUGGGAGAAAGCUGGAGAAGUAAGUAGGGAGGUUUGGGAAAAAGCUGGAAAACAAGGACUGCUUGGUGUCAAUAUUGCAGAGCAUCUUGGUGGAAUUGGAGGGGAUUUGUACUCCGCAGCUAUUGUCUGGGAGGAGCAAGCUUAUUCAAAUUGUUCAGGCCCAGGUUUUAGUAUUCAUUCAGGUAUUGUCAUGUCUUAUAUUACAAACCAUGGCUCAGAAGAACAGAUUAAGCACUUUAUUCCCCAGAUGACUGCAGGCAAAUGUAUUGGUGCACUGGCAAUGACAGAGCCUGGAGCUGGAAGUGACUUACAGGGAAUAAAAACAAAUGCUAAAAAGGAUGGAAGUGACUGGAUUCUCAAUGGAAGCAAGGUGUUCAUCAGUAAUGGGUCAUUAAGUGACGUUGUGAUUGUAGUUGCGGUCACAAAUCAUGAAGCUCCCUCCCCUGCCCAUGGUAUUAGCCUUUUUCUGGUGGAAAAUGGAAUGAAAGGAUUUAUCAAGGGACGAAAGCUACAUAAAAUGGGAUUAAAAGCCCAGGAUACCGCAGAACUAUUCUUUGAAGAUGUACGGUUGCCAGCUAGUGCCCUACUUGGAGAAGAGAAUAAAGGCUUCUAUUACAUAAUGAAAGAGCUUCCACAGGAAAGGCUGUUAAUUGCUGAUGUGGCAAUUUCAGCUAGUGAAUUCAUGUUUGAAGAAACCAGGAACUAUGUUAAACAAAGAAAAGCUUUUGGCAAAACAGUUGCUCACCUACAGACAGUGCAGCAUAAAUUAGCAGAAUUAAAAACACAUAUAUGUGUAACCCGAGCAUUUGUGGACAACUGUCUCCAGCUGCAUGAAGCGAAAAGUUUGGACUCCGCCACUGCUUGCAUGGCGAAAUAUUGGGCAUCUGAGUUACAAAAUAGUGUAGCUUAUGACUGUGUACAGCUCCAUGGAGGUUGGGGAUACAUGUGGGAGUACCCAAUUGCAAAAGCUUAUGUGGAUGCCAGAGUUCAGCCAAUCUAUGGUGGUACAAAUGAAAUAAUGAAGGAGCUGAUUGCAAGAGAGAUUGUCUUUGACAAGUAGACAUCUGCCCACAUCCUGGAAUCCUAUUACAGCUAAUCUGGUUUUAAAUCUGCUCAAGAUAAAAUGUAACUUGGAAAUCGAGGAAACACUAAACAUGUUUUUACCUGCUCUCUCUAUAGAGAAGGAAAUAAAAUAUAAAUAUAAGAUUAACACAGUGGAAGGACACAUCUUUGAAGCCAAAAUUCUAGUUUACCAAUAUAAGGUUUAACUUACAGUUUAUGUAGCCAAAGGUAAAAGGUUUUCUGAAUCUAGAUGCCUAGGUGUUUCAUUUAUCUCUAAAAUUCUAAAAAGCACAAAUUGUUCAAAUCUUCAAACCAAGGCAGAAAUAAUUUUAUGUCGUUAUAGUAUAAAAACAUUAAUAAGAUAGCACAUUGACUUUUAAAGGGAAAAGUAAAUAUAACUUAGAAUGUAAACUCGUUAAGGCUACCAUUUGCUCCAAAUUCCCUAGAACAGUGGCUUUUACCACUGUACUCCAACCCCCUGUUUUUAAGCAAUGGAACUCUUUCUUCAAACAAAAGCUUAUGCAGAACAUCUCUGUGAAACGCUGCUGAGUGAGAACUGCAUUCAUUGAAGCUGGAAGCCAUCAUACCUUACUGCCUUGAAACCCCUAGGACUCAGCUAAGUAUUUGCCUAACCCUGACCAGGGAAUGCCUUGGUUCUGUCAGUUGCUGACACCUGAGAACACAGAAUAAUCCAUCAUUCUUUAAUUUCAAGAUAUUGGUACAUUUUAUAGGUAUCAAAGCUAUGGCUUUUCUUUUGCAACAGUUAAUGUAUUUAUUAACUUAAUGAUUGCUUUAUGUCUUCUAUAAACCAGGCUGUUAAUACAAUGAUGACAAACAAAACUGGCAAGAUCACUAAAAAAUAAGUGAAUAAACAAGUAGUAAAAUAAGACUGGAUAAAGACAAUGUGGUACAUAUACACCAUGGAAUACUAUGCAACCAUAAAAAAUGAGAUGUCCAUUGCAUGUCCAUUGGAGGGACAUGGAUGGAGCUGGAGGCCAUUAUCCUUAGCAGACUAACUCUGGAACAGAAAACCAAAUACUGCAUGUUCUCACUUAUAAGUGGGAGCUAAAUGAUAAGAAAACAUGAAUACAUAGAGGGGAACAACACACAUUGGGGCCUUUUGGAGGACGGAGGAUAGGAGGAGGGAGAGGAUCAGGAUCAGGAAAAACAACUAAUGGAUACUAGGCUUAAUACCUGGCUGAUGAAACAAUCUGAACACAAACCCCCGUAACACAAGUUUACCUAUGUAAUACACCUGCACUUGUACCCCUGAACUUAAAAUGUUUAAAAAGAAGAAGUAAAACUUUUUCAGGGCAAAUUUGUAAAAAUAGCAAAAGAAAUAAAAGGGCAUCCACAUUGGAAAGGAAGAAGUCAAAUUAUCCUUGUUUCUACAUGAUAUGAUCUUAUGUUUGGAAAAACCUAGAGACUCCACCAAAAAAACUAUUAAAACUGAUAAAUUCAGUAAGUUGCAGGAUACAAAAUCAACAUACAAAAAUCAGUAGCAUUUCUGUAUGCCAACAGCAUACAAUCUAGAGAAGAAAUCAAGAAAGUAAAACCAUUUACAAUAGCUACAAGUAAAAUAAAAUAUUAACUUAUCCACAUGAUGAAGUUGUAGAAUUGUUGAGAGGGACUCAGGAAAGUCACCUUAAAGGCCCUGUUUGCUUUCCUACUCUUCUUUCUGCCUGCUGCCUGGGAAAUGGAUAGUUAUGAUUGGGGUUCCACCAGCCAUCCGGGACCAUGAGAUUGCUUUGAAAAUGGAAGCCAGGGCUGAGAAUGGAGAAGAUAAAAUAAUAGAAAGGAUCCUGGGUCUCUGGUGACUUUGUGGAGCUGUUAUAACAGUUCUGGAAUAAUUAACCUGUAGACUAAUUUUAUUGCAUUUCAUUGAUUCUUAAGAUGCACUAUUUAUGUAUCAUUAAAAAAAACACUGCCAAUCAAACUCAUACAAUACUUUCUUACUGCAUGAACUGUGAAGUUAUUCUGAUCUCUGAAAUGUUAAAGUGUGGAUAAAAGGUGUCUUAGAAUCAAUAAAAUAUGUUAAAGGAUUAACCCUUCUGUUUUAAAGCUAUCAUUAUUUUGAGUUUUCUCAUACAUUAUACAUAGCCUAUUUUCCUAGUUUUUAAUUUUAGACUGAGAACUUCUUGAGGUUUCUUAGUCCACUUUCAUUAGGGAGUUCCCAUUUUAAGUAUAUUUUGAUGAGAUUUGACAAAUGCAUGCACCCAUUUGACUUCCACCAUGGUCAAGAUAUAGAACUUUUUUGUCACCCUUUAAUCCCAUCCCAGUCAAUUCUCCCCACUCCAACCCUAAGAAACCACUGAUCUGUUUUCUGUUAUUACUGGUUAGAUUUGUCUUUCUCUAGAGCUUUAUAUAAAUGGAAUCAUCCAAAUUUAUGAUUUUGUGUCUGGCUUCUUUCACUCAGCAUACUGUUUGAGACUCAUCCUUGUUGUUUUAUGUAUCAGUAGUUUCUUCUUUUUAUUUCUGAGUGGUAUUCUAUUAUAUAAAUGUACCAUAAUUUCUUUAUCCUUUCCUUUUUUUUUUUUUUUUUUUUUGAGAUAGAGUUUUGCUCUUGUUGCCCAGGCUGGAGUGCAAUGGCAUGAUUUCCACUCACUGCAACCUCUGCCCCCUAGGUUCAAGUGAUGAUCCUGCCUCAGCCUCCCAAGUAGCUGGGAUUACAGGCAUGUGCCACCAUGCCCAGGUAAUUUUGUAUUUUUAGUAGAGACGGGUUUCACCAUGUUGGUCAGGCUGAUCUGGAAAUCCUGACUUCAGGUGAUCUGCCCGCCUCAGCCUCCUAAAGUGUUGGGAUUACAGGCGUGAGCCACCAUGCCCAGCUCUUUAUCCUUUCAAAGGUGAUGGAUCUUAGGGCUGUUUCCAGUUUGAGGCUGUUGUGAAUAAAAGUGCCAUGGAUAUUCAUAUACACAGGGAAUCAUUUUGUUCCCCUGUAGUCAUGGGCCAGUUCUGUUCUCUGUUAUACUUAGCCCUGGUUUGAAGAUUCUUAUAGGUCUUGCUACCUACCUUUACCUUUUGUCUGCUUGUUUAUAGAUACUGGUUAGUUAAAGCUAAAUCUGUCCUGAGUAGGGAUUAUCAUGUUUAGCCCUUGUGCUUCUAUUUCCCUCUCUAAACCUGAUCAUAAAAGAAUUAAAUAUACUGGAAUAUAACAGUGGGGGACAGUUUCUCAGGGCAUAGAAAUGUGGAGAAAUAAAUAGUACAACCUCCAAUAGACUAGACUAGACUAGACUAGACUAGAGACUAGACUAGACUAGACGAGACUAGAGACUAGACUAGACUAGAGACUAGACUAGACUAGACUAGACUAGACUAAACUAGAGAUUAGACUAGAGACUAGACAGGACUAGGACUGGGACUGGGACUGGGACCGGGACUGGGACUAGACUAGGCUUUCUAUUCUGUGAGAGGUAGUGAGGAAAGAACUCUGGCUUUGGACCCAGGGCUGGGGCCGGGGCCGGGGCUGGGGCUAGGGCUAGGGCUAGACUAGGCUUUCUAUUCUGUGAGAGGUAGUGAGAAAAGAACUCUGGCUUUGGACCCAGUCAGGUCUGUCUUCGAAAUGGGCCGUUUAUUAGCAUAAGAAUCUAGGUACAUUAAUCUCACUGAACCUCAUGUUUUUUUCACCUGGAAAAUGAAUAUAACAUUCACUUUGUGGGAUGUGAAAAUUAAUUUAUCUAGACAAUAAAUAUGCGCUGAGAAUCCACAUGUGUCAGGCCCUGUCCUAGGCUCUAGGGAUAUAGCAAUGAGCGAACCAGCAAAAGUGCCUGACUUCAUGGAGCUUAUGGUCUAAUAUAGGGUGAUAGACAACAAAAGUAAAAAAAUCAAAAUCUAUGUUACAUUAGAUGCUGAUAAGUGCUAUGGAGAAAAACAAAGUAACGAAGUGGGAUAGAAAAGCCCCUUCUUGGCUGUGAGUUGCUUGAAAUUAAAGAUUGAUCUUUAUCCUUUAUCUCUAGCAUUUAUCACAGUGUCAGCUAUACUAAGUGUUGCAUGAAUGUUUCUUGAGUGAAAGGAAUGACUGAAUAAAAACCAGUGUUGAAAAGAGAAGUUUAUCUCAUGAAAUCAUUGUAAUACUGCUUACCUGGACAUUUUAAAAAGCUUCCAGAUAGGUAAUUAUUAUGUCAGCAAGAAUGGUGCCCUUUACUUCUCCUUGUUCUUGCUGGAUUUUAAAGUGUUCUAUUCUUACCACUGUUAUAUUUUUUCUUGGAAAUCAGAAUGCUUUUAAUGUACCUUCUAAAUGAUAUGUCCUUGAUUUAAAAAAAAAACAUUAACUACAUGCAAUUUUCAGACUGUUGUUGAGUAAUAUAGAAAAUAAUUUGACAAAUGAUUCAGUAUAUCAAUUUUUGUAAUAAGGAGAACUGAUAUUCUAUAGUGUCUGGAAAACUGGUAUGCAUAUGCUACAAAUAAUAAAAUCAUGCUUUAGAACAAUAUUCAGUGUCAAGGGAUAGUGUGCUUAAUAUGUAGCUAAAUGGGAUAAAAAACCAGUAUGCACAGUGUCAUACAUAUAAAAUACAGCAGACUUCGCAUAUGAUUGUGGUUUUCUUCUUUGUGCUUUCAUAUAUAUAUCAAGCCCGUAUUAUUUUGUUAAUC